ACCACGAAAAUCCCAACAAAUUCAUCUUUAACUUGAACAAGACCAGCUCCCUAAUGGAUUCAACCUUAAUUUCAUUCUCUCUUCCAUCUAACUCGCUGCUUCUUAUACUUCAUUUAGCUCUCUUUCUACCUUCUGUCAGACCCUUCUCAGAUUACAGCACCUUGGUAUACAAGAAUUGUGCAAGCCAAACUAUCACAGAUCCAACAAAAUCUUACACAGAAGCCCUUUCUGCCCUUUUCCAUGAGCUCCUGGCGCAGUCCUCCCAGUCUAAGUUCUUCAAAACCGUUGAAAUGUACAAUGAAAUGGCCAUUUCUGGCCUCUUUCAAUGCAGAGGCGAUAUCAGUGAUGAGGAGUGUUACGAUUGUGUUAAUGCGCUUUCUCAAAUCUCAAACAGCUUGUGCAGCCAAUCCAUGGCAGCUCGGAUUCAGCUUUUAGGGUGCUAUACGCAAUAUGAAGCCGAUGGUUUUCAACAAACUAGUACUUCAAAAACGAAUUUGCUCUUCAAGAAUUGUGGGAAAUCGGAUCAUGGGGUGGCUGUUAGCUUUGCAGAGAUUAGAGACGCGGCCUUUGCUGCAACGGAAAGUGGUGUUGUGAGCGGUAAUGGGUUCUAUACAAGUAGUUACGACAAAGUGCAAGUUAUGGCGCAGUGUGAGGGUGAUUUAGGGGAUUGUGAUUGUGGGGAAUGCGUGAGCAACGCAGUGCAGAUUGCUCAGGAAGAAUGCGGUAGUUCCGUUGCGGGAGAAAUCUAUUUCGACAAGUGCUUUAUGAGCUAUUCCUACUCUCCGGAUGGGUUAACAGAUCAGAAUGGGAGAGGAAACAACAAUAACAAUCUCAAAACUACCGCAAUUGUUGUUGGAGGGGCGGCAGCUAUAUUUUUUGGGUUUAUUUUCUUGUUGUGUAUCAAGUCGUGGGGAAAGAAAGAUGACGAUUGAGUAUAGGUCGUGGCAAAUUUAUUGAAGGAAAAAGCUUCUAUGUACUCCACG